CUUUCCUCUCCUCCAGUUUCCACCAUCAAACUCACCUGGCUUGUACCUGAACUCUACUGCAUCAAGACGCACGAUAUUAAGCCGUUUGCAAUACCAAAGGGUACAGCAAGGGAACAUUGUACAGGAAAAUUCCCCGCAGCCGUUGCAAAACCCUUGUUUCAUAGCACAAAAGGGUUCGCCUUCAACCUUUACACGCACAACUCACUCUGAUUCAUCAAAGUGAUCACCACACAAUCGAAAUCUGACCACUUAACGAACUGUAUCCAACACCAACAUGUCAGGUCUCGACGUUGAAGCUCUUCUCGACUCCACCGCCAACGCCAAGGAACGUGCCUCGGCGGAGCGCGAAGACCGGCACAAGAGCAGCCGUCAUGAACGACGCGAGAAAGACCGCGCCCGAGACUCCAGCCGCGACCGAGAUCACGAUCGCAAACGAAAGGACCGUAGUCGAGACCGGAAAUCCCGAGAUAUCGACGGCGAUGAACCGCGUGACGACCGGAGUGAGCGAGCGCGCAGCGAGCGUGCCGGAAGUGCUGCCGGCAGUCUGAAGAGCCGACGUCGCAGCCGAAGCCCUGAGGAACGGCACCGCUCUCGACGUGAACCGCGGCGCGAAUCGGCCGAUGUAGAAGAUCCGUAUCGUGCGUCGGGAGGGGACUAUUAUCGUGGAAAUGGGAAAGCCAGAUCCAGAUCUCGUUCAAAUGACGGUGACAGACACUAUCGACCCGGGGGUCGCGAACGCCGAGACGAUCGAGACCGAGACCGAGGUGACCGGGAAGGUGUGCGGGGGAGAGGGAGGGAUGGUCGUCGUCCAUCGCCGUCCGCGAAACGUGGCAAGUCUAAGUCGCCUCAGCUCACUGAAGACGAGAGAGAUCGUCGCACUAUCUUUGUCCAGCAGUUGGCUGCCCGUCUUCGAACCAAGGAGUUGAUUACGUUCUUCGAGAAGGUUGGUCCGGUGAAGGAAGCCCAGAUUGUCAAGGAUCGAGUGAGCAACCGCUCGAAGGGUGUGGGCUAUGUCGAGUUCAAGAACGAAGAGUCUGUUCAAUUGGCGAUUCAACUUACGGGCCAAAAGCUACUAGGUAUCCCCAUCAUUGCCCAGCUCACCGAAGCCGAGAAGAAUCGACAAGCCCGAACCGCCGAAGGGAAUGCAGGGUCUACUGGUGUUCCAUUCCACAGGCUGUAUGUUGGCAACAUCCACUUCAGCAUCACUGAGAGUGAUCUACAGCAAGUCUUCGAGGCUUUCGGUGAAUUGGAAUUCGUCCAAUUGCAGAAGGAAGAACACGGCCGCAGCAAAGGCUACGGGUUUGUUCAGUUCCGUGACCCCCAAGCUGCUCGCGAUGCUCUUGAGAAAAUGAAUGGAUUUGACUUAGCAGGACGUGCCAUCCGCGUUGGCCUCGGCAACGACAAGUUCACCAACGAAUCCACCGCCAACCUCCUGCAACGUUUCGGCGGCAUGAACCAGCCAUCGAAUUACCAAGGCUCGGCCUUCUCCGGAAGCGGAGGCCGUGGCGUCCAAGCUGGCGGAGCAGGGUUUGAUCGUGCUGGAGGCCGUGACAACGACCGUGGCGCCGGAGGUGCCAGCGCCCUUGAUGACACCGAUGUUGCAGGUGUAAACUUCAACAAUUACAGCAGAGACUCCCUAAUGCGAAAACUCGCGCGUACCGAUGAACCGGCGGAGGCUCCCUCCCACCAGAAGCGACCCACCGCCAAACCUACUGCUCAAACGUCUAUGAGUGCCCCCCAAGCCAGCCGUUCCAUCGUGCUUAAAAACAUGUUCGACCCAAAUGAGGAAGAGGGUGACACCUGGUUCAAAGAACUCGAAGAGGACAUCUCCGCGGAGUGUGAAGCGAAGUAUGGGCACGUCGUCCACAUUUCCGUUGACCCCAGCUCGCAGGGCGACGUCUACGUCAAGUUUUCGACCAUCCAGGGAGGAGAGAACGCCAUGAAAGGUCUCAACGGCCGAUUCUUCGGCGGCCGCAUCAUCAGCGCCCAACCGGUCGUUGACGCCGUCUACAGCUCCCUCUUCUCGCGGACCAAGGCUCUCUAGAGCCGGAGCUACCUACCGUGGCCACCCAACACCUGCAGGGCGACGCUGACAGCACGCAGACGAUUUUCUUGGGCGGCAAACGUCAUGGGCCGUGCCGCGGUCGGGAAUUCGUUCCGCCCACUCGAGAAGUCCGGGCGAUCCAAUGCGGACGACGGGUUGGGUUCCGACAAUGCCUUUUCCACGAGUAAGGGCUCAUACUUCUUCUUUGCGACCUAACGCGCGAGAUUACAGAUUUCCCGAAUCCCCGUCUACUCAACCAUGGAGCGUGCCUUCUUUUCAUGCACUCAUGUCCGACACUAGGGCGGAGUGGUGGUGGCACAUUUGCUCUUCGUUUCCAGCACCCGUACAUAGCAUUUUCAGUUUAGCAUAGGAAUGGUAGCAAAAUGCAUGACGGUUUCAGCCAGA